AGGGAACGUGCUCAGCGCAUUCAAUUGGGCCUAUCUGCGAUGUCGCAGCAAGGGCGCGACGAGCGCGCGGUGCGCAACUCGAUGGAUGUUGACAAAACGAUGGGCGCGACGGACUGUCAACACGGCUCACGUGCCAACCGCGGCAAGCGGGCCCGAGGGGACAAAGCCCCAACGACAGGCGGGAAAGCUUCGCUUGAGCAAACUGCAAGCAAAGAAGACGUAGAAACGAAGAGAUUGCUCGAAGAAUUCCGUGCCUUGGUGACACUGACGCUGUGGGAAUGCGUGCAGACGGCGGCGUGCGCGUACUACAGCAAAAUUUUCAAGGUGGAGAAGGCGACCUGCGCAUGCAACGCGCAAGAGCUACAAAAGAGCGUUGCCUUUUAUAGCCACACUGCCGGUGGAAUGAAGUUUCUCGUACUAGCUACCAUUCUCGCCAUGAUGAUGUGGAACCUGGAGCGCUACGGCACCGUUAGAUAA